GUCAACUAAAAUAGAUUUAAAAAACAAGAAGGUUUUAUUUCCACUUAUGUUCACCAACUAAACGGUGAGGUAACUUGGGUUCUGGGCGAUUGGAGCUGUAGCCUGGAGCUCCUCCACCAUUUCAAUUCCUUUCCUUACCUUUCAUUCUAAUUCUAUCAGGUUAAUUCCUUUAUUGAUGAAUUUCAUAAAAAAAUAAAUGAAAACAGUUUAGGAGCAAUGUUGCUAUCUAGGUUUUCUUUCUUUGGAGGUGGGGGAUCAAAUAAGGUUGGCUAUUCUGUGGAAGGGCACAAAAGUGAAUUGAAUCCAACAUUGAAACUGCAAACAGAUAGAGAUGUUUAUAGACCUGGAGAUUCUGUUUAUGUUACAAUUGAGAUCUGCAAUCCCCUUACUAGUGGCAAUCCUGGUAGCAUUGUACCAUCGCUUUUAAUUAAAAGGCUUGGCUUCGAAAUUAAAGGGAUCGAGAAGUUGGAUACUCAAUGGUUUGCAACCCAAAAACCUUUGUCUGGAACAAAACAAAAGAGAGGUGAACAUGUUUUUUUGGACUGUUCAACACCAUCAAUGGUUUCAAAUCAGAUUGUGCCUUCUGGCUCUGCAAAAACUUAUGCGAUACGAGCUGUGCUUCCUAGCAUUAUACCACCAUCUUACAAGGGUGCUACCAUUCGUUAUUUAUAUUAUAUUAAGAGUUCUCUGUCUUUUCGAUGGCUGAUACUGGAAAAUGGUCACUACUCCAGCGAGGAGUCAGUAAAAGAUCUUGCCGAAGUGGAGGCUCGGGUUCCUUUGCAAGUAUGGGUGACCCAGAAGAGAAAUGGCUUAGAAAUGGAAGAUGGUCAAAGUGAUGGUAUUGUUCCUGCUACGACCAUCCAAACAGAUGUAUACUGGAAAGAGAUGGAUGGAGAUUCGGAAUGGGCUAGAGUGAGUGACAUGUAUGAUGGUGUUGAGGAAGGGUAUGAGAGCUCUAGGGAUGAAAUAUCAUCUGUUUCAUCAUAUAAUCCUUCAAAGGAAAAUCUGUAUAAAACCUUUGGAAGUUCCCUAUCCUUGCAAUCAGCAGCUGCCAGAUCUUCAAAUAGAGAUGGUCAACCUCAAGAUGGAGACCGCUUGAGUUUAUCUUCAAAUGUCGGACUUCCUCGGUUAUCAGUGGCAGAGGUCUUGUAUGAUUCUAGUGCUGAUAUUUUGCCAGCUGACAAGUCAUUGGCCGUUUUAUCUCCAAGUCAGCAGCAGGCUUCUACAAGGUCCCUAGUUGUGGAUGAUAUAACAGGAGUAUCUUCUGCACCCAGCCCUCGAGCCACUGAAUCUGUAGCAUCAGAAGGCUUUAUUCGAGGAAGGUCUUAUAAUAUCAGGAUGGAUGACCAAGUUUUGCUAAGAUUUUCCCCUAAAAAUUCUGAGUCCACAUAUUACUUCAGUGAUAUGAUAGGAGGAACUCUUACUUUCUUUCAUGAAGAAGGAGCUAGAAGAUGCCUUGAGGUGUCAGUCACGCUGGAAACUUCUGAGACUAUAAAUCGGCGUUUUGUUCAUCCUUCUAGAAGGAAUUCCUCAACUAUUACAAAGGUUCAGAGUGAUCAUCAUGAGGUUGUUGCUGAUUUGAUACAGACAAGUUUUCUCUUUUCUAUUCCCAUGGAUGGCCCCAUGUCCUUUUCCACUCCUCAUGUCUUGGUGCAAUGGGCUCUAAGAUUUGAAUUUUUCACUACUCCAAAGAAUGUAGACUGGACAAGAUAUGAGCAUCCUCUUCUAAUAGAAGGUAGAGAGAAAAGUGAGUGGGUUCUUCCUAUAACAGUGCAUGCACCUCUGCCCGGAACUUCAGCUGCCCGGGCACGGAAUGAGAAACCUUUCUCUUUAGAGCCCUUGUGGGUUCAUAGUUGAAGGCACAUAUAGCUUGCAACGCGAAUGAGGAAUUAUGUGUAACUAAGCAGUCUCAAGCUCCAUGCCAUUGCAAUGACAGGAAUCUUACUUAAUACCAAACAGUUUCCAAUUGAUCGAUUAGGCAGGGAAGGUCCAUUUGAUUCUCCAGGAGUUCUAAAUUCAGUUUCUCUUUUUUUUGGUCUCAGCAUUUCUAGUAUAAGAUUUUGAUUUUCAACUUUUGUCACCCGAAAUUGCAUUAUUUUGGAGUAGCUGGAAUCAAUAGUAUCUGCAUUUGUACCUGUUUUUAUUGUUGGGAAGCAGAUGAGAGCAAUGGAAACUUCCGACAUAUACUUAAAUAGUUUUAGAAUUUGAUGAUAUGAUAUAUUUUGUGUUGUUGUUGGAAUUAGAUUUGCUGAAAAACGCUCGAAGUUGUCACAAUCGGAUGGCAUAGCUUUUGACAGGCGAGACUUUGAGGUUUAUUUGCUUAUUUAUUUAUUUAUUUAUUUAUUUUUUGCCAGAGACAGGCUAAGAUUUUGAGAUUCACCUGGCUAUAAAAGAGCAGGCAAUGCGGGUUUGAGAUAA